AUGAGGUUCCUACAUGAUAAAACUGCAAACAAGCCUACAGAUUUCAAUAUUACCCCUCUGUCAAUGGAAUCUACCAGAAGCGAUGAAUUUGUCCCAAUAUCUGCCACAGCUUCAAGUGCCACUACAACCUUCUGUCCUACCACAGCUUCACAUGUUACCACACCACCUUCUACAAGUGCUACCACAGUGUCCGAUUUGUCAAAGCAUAAGGCUAAUGAUGCACACUUGAUUCCUCCAGUAAAUAGCAGGCAUGCAUCCAAGACAACAAGUCAAGAUGCUAUUGAUCUAGCAAUACUAAAACAACUGGAGAAAACAGAUAAGAAAAUCGAUGAAACUACUUCCAAAGAAAACACAUCAGAUGAAACAUAUCUUUACUGCCAGAGUCUCAUUCCAAUAAUACGGGCCCUUCCACACAAAAAGAAGAGAAAGGCAAUGAUUCAAAUCAGCCAACU